GUGGGCUUCUUCAUGAUGGGCCGGGUUAAAGAACUGAAGCCCAUGCUAAAGUUUUAUUUAGGGGGAAAUUAAAUUUAAUUAAAUAAAUAUUCCAAAACCCCCAAAUUGAAAUAGGGUUUUAGAAACUAAGACCGCGCUCUAGUAGAGUGUUCAUCCCCAAUUCGUUCCAGCUUCUUGGAUUGCAUGAUAAGACCGCGUUUCCGGUUUCUAAGUCGUUUUAUGAUCGAUUUAUAGCUAGAAAUAUAGAUGGAUAAGUCCAUUUUGGUACUUGAUAAAGGUACAAGAUGCACAGCUUGGAAUUACAGCGGCGAGAGAUUGGUUGCUGGACUCGUUGAUGGUUCGUUGGCCGUUUAUGAUUCAACUGAUCCAGCUUCUUCAAACUUUACUUGUACCUCCAGAUUUAAGGCACAAAAUUGCGGCAUUGUGAAAGUGGUCUGGGCUCCGCCAGAAUACGGGGAUGCGGUUGCUUGCAUUAGUGAAGAUGGGAAUUUGUCAUUGUGGGAGGAGGUCAUGGAAGAUACUGAGGACCCUCACUGGAAGAUGUGCAAAUGCUUUGACAGAAACACGAGUCAAGUACUAGACGUUCAAUUUGGAGGUGGUCAAACAUGUCUGAAAUUGGUUGCUGCAUAUUCUGACGGACAAGUAAAAAUAUAUGAGCUCCUAGAUACGCUUGAACUGGAGAAGUGGCAGCUUCAGGCUGAGUUUCAAAAUGUGAUUGAUCUGGUGUCCAAGUUUGGGAAUGUCUCCAGUUUAUCUGCGUCUGUUUCAUGGAAUCCACAAAGAAGUGAAGUCCAACAAUCAAGUUUUGUUUUGGGCUUUAGUUCAAACACUCCAACGUUAAAUUCUGCAAAGGUCUGGGAGUUUGAUCUAGAUCAUCAAAGAUGGCUUCCAGUUGCAGAGCUUUCUUUACCUGAGGACAAGGGUGAUCAAGUUUCUUCAGUUGCUUGGGCACCAAAUAUCGGAAGGCCUUAUGAACUGAUAGCUGUCGCGACUCAGAAAGGAAUAUCAAUCUGGCACCUAGGGUCAAACCCUGAUCAUGACGGGAGACUUUCAGUGCGUAGGGUUGCCCUGCUCGCUGGUCAUGAUAAUGAGGUGUCGGAAAUGGAAUGGGAUAUGAGCGGAAUGACACUGGCUACCACGGGAAGCGAUGGCAUGGUGAGGCUGUGGCAGUCGAACUUAAACGGGGCGUGGCACGAGCAAGCUGUUCUGGCACCACCUAGUUAGUCCUGCUCUCGCCCAUCAUUCCGACGCUCACUAAACUAUUCUGUUGGUGUUGAGCUCUGGGAUUGUAUGCGUGCCUCUUAUUAACUGUAAUGCUAUAGAUAUAUUGUUGCCCAUCUGUAUAUUUAAGUAAAUUUUUUCCAGCUGAGUUUGAACAGGUGCUGUUAGUAUUUCACUAUUUCAUAGAGACUUCUUUGACAAUUGAGUGCUCACAUUUUCAAA